AUGUCUCUGAUUUUAGAUGAACAGCAAUCGAGUGGAUACACUGGACCAGGAAAGGGCCAGAAGCAGUUCUCCUCCAAAGGUGCUGUUGGAGGUAGUUCAACAAUGGCUACUAUACAAGACGACGAUGAACGACUAUUAGCACGGAUAGGGUACAAACAGGAGCUGAGGAGGGAAUUCUCAAAAUGGUCUACAGUUUCAUAUGCGAUUUCCAUUCUCGGGGUCCUCGGUUCUGUCCCAGCGACAUUUGGUCCACCUUUGGCUGCGGGCGGCCCUGCUACGGCUGUAUGGUGCUGGUUUAUAGGAUCAUUUAUGGCAAUGUGUAUCGCCAGUUCUGUCGCUGAGCUUGUCUCAGCGUAUCCCACAGCGGGCGUACUCGCGUCCAUUGCUAUCUGUGUUUCGCUCUUAGUCCUUACUCCCGAGAAACAAUCCGCUAAAUGGGUAUUCACAAAUGUGACAAAUGGCUCUGGAUGGAAUUCUAAAGCGUUCUCUUUCCUGUUGGGCUUUAUAUCCGUGGCUUGGACAAUGACCGAUUAUGAUGGAACGACUCACAUGUCGGAAGAAACCCAUGACGCUGCCAUACGCGGCCCAAUUGCUAUUCAAUCAGCCAUCCUUGUGUCUGGGAUAUUUGGAUGGAUGCUAACCGUGACGAUGUGCUUCUGUUUAUCCGACUUGGAUAAAAUAUUAGAUUCGCCCACAGGCCUACCGGCUGCCCAGAUCUUUCUUAAUGCUGGUGGCCGAACUGGUGGGACUAUAAUGUUCUCAUUCAGCAUUCUUGUUCAGUUUUUCACAGGUUGCUCGGCCAUGCUUGCUGAUACGCGAAUGACCUAUGCUUUCGCACGCGACGAUGCGCUUCCUUUUUCAGAGUUUUUUGCAAAAGUAAAUCCAUAUACACUGACACCUGUCAACGCCGUAUGGUUUGUGGUCUUCUUCAGUAUUUGCCUCAAUUGCAUUGCCAUUGGAUCUACACAGACUGCUACAGCCAUAUUCAAUAUCACAGCACCUGCGCUUGAUUUAUCAUAUAUUGCUGUCAUCCUAGCGCACCAAUUAUAUAAAAAUAAAGUGCGAUUUAUCGAAGGGCCGUUCACACUUGGGAAGUGGGGGACACCCUUAAAUAUGAUUUCUAUUGCCUGGGUUCUCUUUAUCAGUGUGGUUCUUUUCUUCCCGCCAACAAGGCCAAUCACGGCAGAGAAUAUGAAAUACACUGGACCGCGUACGAAGAAUAUGCUCCAAUCAGUUGAAACGGAUGAUAUUGACGGUCCCUACGGUACCACAACUGGUUUUGACGCCUGA